GCCUCAGUAAGAUAAGGUCAACAUCUAAACAACGCAAGGCCGCCGAGUCGAGAACUUUAAGAAAAAAGUCGAACUUCGUGGAUAAAAACAAAGGACUAAAGCCACUAAAAGGAGACGUUGUGUUCUUGCGUACAAUCAAAACUCAAACGCAGAAUAAGUUUUAGCACAAAAUCACGCGUUCCUGACCAUAUUGCAAGGACCGUUCCGUUGCAUACAAGUGUUUGCAAUCACAAGGGUUCUGGUUGAGAAGGGUACUGCUCCAAGCUUUAUUCGGACUCGUAAAUCUGUGUCUAUAACAUUAUGUCGAAUACACUUGAUCCUCUUGUCGCGAAGGUGCUUGAUCACGCCGAUUCUGACGAUGAAGAUGCUGUGAGUGUUCAUUUUUAUUUUCAGGUCAUCCAUUCACUCUACUUGCUGUUAUGUAACUCUAAGAGUUAUGGUAGUGAGAAACACAUCCAUUUGGUGGUUGAAGGACAAGACUCUUUCCUACUCAACCUCAUUCCCAAAUAUCCAGUCACCUGUCUACUCACAUAUUCCAUAACCCACCAAGCACCUAAGCACCUACAAACUUUCCCCCCUCCAAUCUUCUGACACUUCCCCAUCAGCUCAUCGCCUCCCUCGAAGAAGAUCCCGCCGUAGACGCCUUCCGCGAACAACGGAUCCAACAACUGCACUCCGAAUUCACUCGCGCCAAAUCCCAAAAAACCCAAGGUUUCGGAAACUACACCGAGAUCAAAGAGGAAAAGGCCCUAAUGGACUUAACCACCGAGGUCAAAUACGCCGUCGUACAUUUCUCCAAAAGCGAUUUUGCACGAUGUGGCGUUAUGGAUACCCAUCUUUCUGUAUGUUUCAUUUCCCCUUUGUGAUAUCUAUCUUAAAGACUAAACUCACUAUGAUACUAGACACUAGCGCCCAAACAUCUCGAUACCAGAUUCCUGAAGAUUGAUGUAGAGAAUGCACCUUUCCUCGUUACGAAGUUAAACGUCAAGAUCCUACCGUGCGUCCUGGUAUUUAUAGACGGACGAUCCGUAGAUAGGGUAGUUGGGUUCGAGGGCUUGGGAUACACGCCCGAUACAUUCACGACGAAAGAUCUAGAAGCAAGACUCCUAGCCUCAGGCGGGAUAAAACGUCAAACUACCUCUGGCACUCUGUAUCUUGACAAGAAAGCCAAGAAGCAAGAAGAGGAAGAAGACGACGACUGGGAUGAUUGAGGCGAGAGAACGCCAUUUGAGUAGCGAGAGCUAGUACAUAUUAUUCAACUAGAUGCCGGAUUACCAUGAAAGGGCGUUCCCCUCUUGAAAGUCAAUCACAUUUCCGACGCCCCAUGACGAUCGAUCUUAGUUUGAUCAUAUAGGGAUCUCUGGACUGAAGGAGAUCGUCAUUCAUGAUAGAUCUGAAAGUUCGGAGAUAAUUUCGGCUGAUAUAGAUGUUCAUGCUUAGGAAGUAACUUUCUAGCCUGUACCUAGACAAUAUUUCUAAAUCACGAAUUUCAGGGAAUAUGUGAAGAGGAUUUGAUUUCUG